UGGAAAUGUGUUCGACCGACCUGAACGCGAUUCGCACUUAUUCUACGACAACUAUACUGCAUUACAUCGCCUUAAUAUUCUAACUUUCAUACUAUCAUCCCGACCAUCUACUAUUUCCCUUUUUCUGCAAGAUCUCCAAUAUGCAACGGCCAAAUUAUGGGAACUUUCCCCCGGCGAACUCUCCUCCUCUCCAUCACCCCGUUCCUCAACAUGUUUCUACUGUCCCCCAGCUACGAUCACCGCCUCCGCCAGUUCCACUGCAACAACAUCAAUCAUAUGGAAAUCCCUAUCAGCCUCAGGCUCCGGGGGGCGCUGGCACAUUCGGCGCAUAUGGUGGCUUUAUAAAUGAUCCUACGGCGCAAAUGGGGUUCCAAGUUGGACAAACAGCUUUUAAACAUGGAACAGAAUACGUGGAACAAAACGUCAGUAUCCGAGGUUUAGAUGGAGAUGAUGUCCUGACUUUUUAACUAGUUCAAUAGAUAUGUCAAUGUUUCGGCGCUAAAACAUUACUUUAAUGUUUCAAAUGGAUAUGUUGUCAACAAGUUAUUUUUGGUAUUAUUUCCAUGGAGACAUAAGCCUUGGUCGAGAAAACAGUCCAUCAGUCCAAGUGGCCAAGAAGGUUGGUUCUUGCCUCCUAGAGAUGAUCUCAAUAGUCCAGAUAUGUAUAUUCCAGGUAUGGUUAUUGUCACACACGUCAAAGCCAUAAGUUAACCUCCUUAUAGUAAUGGCACUUGUAACAUAUAUCCUUCUUUCCACACUUUUAGCUGGUUUCAGGGGCGCCUUUCAACCAGAACUUCUUGGAUCCACGGCAGGAUGGGCAUUUUUUAUUGUGUUUAUUGAAAUUCUAGGAUUGAAACUCGGAUGUUACCUACUAUCCAUUUCCAACGAGUCUCAGCUACUUGAUUUGGUCGCCUACUCUGGAUACAAAUUCGUUGGAGUUAUCGCUACUCUGGUUGUUAGUGAGAUCAUCAACGGUGGAAAGGGGACUGGCGGAUGGAUUGGCUGGACUGUUUUCAGCUACACUUUCCUCGCCAACGCCUUGUUUCUGGUAUGUUCACCUCCCAAAUUUCAUUUUUAUAAGGCUCUAACAUAGGAAAAACAGUUACGAUCCUUAAAAUAUGUUCUCCUUCCCGAAAAUACCACCGAUGAGCGAGGUACUAUGCAAACAGUAGCACGAUCGCAGAAGAGCCGAAGGACACAAUUUCUCUUCAUAUACUCAUACCCUGUGCAAUUGAUCUUCAUGUGGGGACUUACAAGAGCGUGAGUAAGGGAACCGAGAUGAUAUUGGAUUGGUGUAUAGAGAAAAGUUCGCGAGUUCAAGGAAGUUGGAUCGCUAAUGAGGAUGGUACAAUUGGGUUCAUUGUGAAAGGGCCUAGAUUAGCAUGAAGAUGCAAGUAAGAACUAAAGUAUCAAAAUACCCAAUAUAAGCGUUUAUCGUAUCAUCAUUCAUUAACAAUAAUACCAGCAAGUGAUGGUUAUUUGUUAAUAAUGGCUGCUAGUCAGUAAUGGAAGAGAUUGUUCAAUAUCUUGAUUGUUGUGAAAUUGGACCCUGGUUGAG